AAAAAAAAACACAGAGAAAGAGAGAGAGAAAUGGCAGGAGCUUUGAUUGGAGAGGCUUUUCUCUCUGCUUCCAUUCAGACGCUGUGCGACAAGAUUGCUUCUGGGGAGUUCAUGGACUUCUUACGGGGAAAAAAGCUUGACCAUUCACUCUUGGAGAAACUGAAGCUGACUUUUCUGACCCUCGAUGCAGUGCUCGAUGAUGCAGAAGAGAAGCAAAUUGAGAAACCUAGUGUGAGAAAGUGGCUCGACGAGCUCAAACAUGCCGUCUUCGAUGCCGAGGACCUGCUGGCUGAGAUCGAUACUGAAGUUUUGCGAAGCAAGGUGGAAGCUGAUGAAUAUCAAACCAAAAAGACGUCCCAGGUGUGGAACUUCCUCUCUACUUCUUUUAAUCCUUUUUGUCAAGGCAUGAAUGGUAGGAUACAAGAGUUAUUCCAAAGGUUGGAACAUCUUGCGAAACAAAAGGAUCUCCUUGGUCUUAUAGGAGGCGUUAAGGAGAAGGUUUCUCAAAAAACUCCCACAACAUCCUUUGUUGAGCAUGACUUUAGUGCUUGUGGUAGGGAUGGAGAUAAAAAGAAGUUGAAGAGAAUGUUGCUAUUGGAUGAUGCAAGUAGCAGCCACAUAUCAGUAAUCCCCAUAGUGGGAAUGGGUGGGGUUGGUAAGACAACCCUUGCUCAGCUCCUUUACAAUGAUAAAAAUAUAAAAGAGCAUUUUGAUGUUACAGCUUGGGCCUGUGUUUCCGAUGAUUUUGAUGCUAUGAGGGUAACUAAAACCCUUAUUGAAUCAAUUAUCUCAAAACCUUGCAGUCUUCAAGAUAGCUUGCUUCAAGUUGAACUUAGGGAACAAGUGAGGGAGAAAAAGUUCCUAUUUGUGUUGGAUGACCUUUGGAAUGAUAACUAUAGUGAUUGGGAUCUUGUACGGGCUCCUUUUACUUAUGGGGCGAGGGGAAGUAAGGUCAUAGUGACAACAAGGAACAAAAGUGUCGCAUCCAUUGUGCAUACCGGUCCUAUUCACUCUUUGGAACAAUUGUCACAUGAAGAUUGUUGGUUGUUACUCGCAAAACAUGCAUUUAGAAAUGAAAAGCCUAGUGCGCAUCCACACUUGGAAAAAAUUGGUAAGAAAAUUGCACGCAAGUGCAACGGUCUUCCUUUAGCUGCAAAAGCACUUGGGGGUCUCUUAGGUUGUAAUGUAGGUUACAGAGAGUGGAGUCCCAUAUUGAAUAGCAAUCUUUGGGAGAUAUUGCAUACUGAUAAAAGUGUUCUUCCAUCUUUAAGAUUGAGUUAUCAUUAUCUCCCUACUUAUUUAAAACAAUGCUUUGCUUAUCUCUCAAUUUUCCCAAAGGACUACGAAUUUGAAAAGAAAAAUAUAAUUCUACUUUGGAUGGCAGUGGGUUUAAUUCCACAAGAUGAGAACGGUAAAGGAUUGGAAGAGCUCGGUGAGAGAUACAUUGAUGAACUAUUGUCACGAUCACUACUUCAAAGAUCAUUCAUUUGGAAAUCAUCAAGUUUCACAAUGCAUGAUCUCAUUAAUGAUUUGGCUAGAUCUGUGUCUGGAGAAUUUUGUUUUUGGUUGGAUGAGGGAGAGUCGCAUGAAGUUCCUAAAAGAGUUCGGCAUUUGUCAUAUAUGAGAGGAAGAUUUGAUACUGCUGCAAGAUUUAAGCCAUUGGAUGAAAUUAAGUGUUUGCGCACCUUAUUUCCCAUGUCUUUAAGACCAUACCAUCAAUGGGGGAGCCUAUAUGUAAGCAUAAAGGUUCUAGAUGAUUUAUUACCAGCACUAAAAUGUUUACGAGUGUUGUCGCUGUCAAGAUAUAAAAAUAUCACUCUAUUACCUGAUUACAUUGGUAAACAUUUAAACUUGCACUACAUUGAUCUCUCUUACACUGCAGUUAAAAAGUUACCAGAUACGAUGUGCACUCUCUACAAUUUGCAAACUCUAUUGUUAGUCGGUUGUUCCUCUCUUGUUGAAUUGCCUGCAGACAUGAGGAAAUUGAUUAAUUUGCGUCAUCUUGAUAUUAGUGGAACUUGUAUAAAAGAUAUGCCGGUGCAAAUGGGUAGACUAAAAAGUUUGAGAACAUUGACUGCUUUUGUGUUGGGGGAAUCUACUAGGUCGGGUGGCAUUGGUGAACUGGGGCAAUUGUCGAACCUUCGAGGAAAACUAUCUAUCUUGAAUCUGCAAAAUGUUGUCAAUCCUAUGGAUGCCUUGGGGGCCAAUUUGAAGGAUAAGAACGAUGUCAACGAAGUAGAGUUGGCAUGGGGUUGUGAGGAUGCAAAUGAUUCCAUAAAAGAGAGACAUGUACUUGAAAGUCUACAACCUUCCGUAAAUGUGGUGAAGCUGACCAUCAAAUUUUAUGGUGGAACCAGUUUUCCGGAUUGGUUGGGAGACUCUUCCUUCUCCAACAUAAAAGUCAUGCAUCUCAGUGAUUGUAGUACUUGCUUGUCAUUGCCACCGGUUGGGCAGCUUCCCACUCUCGAAGAGCUCUAUAUAGAAAGGAUGAAAUUUGUCAUGAGUAUUGGUGUUGAGUUCUACGGGGGUAAUGGAGCUUCUCUAAGUCAACCAUUUCAAUCUCUCAAGUGCCUAUGGUUCAAAGAGAUGCCGGAGUGGGAGGAAUGGCUGUCGAGUCCAGGUAGAGGUCAAUCUCCAGACUUUCCUCGUCUUGAGGUGCUCAUUUUAGGGAAUUGUCCAAAGCUGAAGGGAAACUUGCCCGACCAUCUUCCUUCAUUGAAAGAGCUUUGGGUGUCCGACUGCGGGGUUCUACAUGAAAGGGCUACCAGAACAAGAUGGAUACCUUGGUCUCUCAUCGUCAACACGGAGUCCUUGCGACAAUCUCUUGAAAAACUGAACAUAGUUAGAUGCCCUGGUCUCUCUUCGCUACUGGAGACGGAGUCGCUGUGCUCGCUUCGGAGGCUUGGGGUUCAAUUUUUUAGUCGCACAGAUUGCUUGCAGCCGCACUUCAGCAGCUGUCUUCAAAGAUUGAGUCUCGUUAACUGCGAGUCACUCUUGUCGUUCCCGAGAAAUGGUCUACCCACUUCGUUGACAUCUCUUGAAAUAAAAGAAUGCAGGAGAUUAGAAUUCCUAUCUCAUGAGAUGAUGGCCAAAUUGACAUCCCUUCGAUAUUUGGAAUUGAUGGACAGCUGUGAUUCACUGAGGUCCUUCCCGCUGGGCGUUUUCCCCAAACUUUCAUUUCUUCUGAUCUGGGGCAGUAAAAAUCUAGAAUCCCUUGCCAUUGGAGAAGGAGCUGAUGAUGAAAAUCUCACUCAUCUCGACCGUCUCCUUAUCUCUACGUGUCCAAAUCUGGUCUCUUUUCCCCACGGGGGAUUGCGCACUCCCAAACUGGCUGGAUUUACAGUCCAGGAAUGCGAGAAUUUGAAGUUAUUGCCCGGCCGAAUACACACCCUCACCACCCUUCAAGAGUUGCGGAUAGUCGGUCUUCGAAAUGUUGAGUCAUUUGCAGAAGGGGGUUUGCCUCCCAACCUACAAUCCUUUACAAUCAGUGGUUGUGAGAAACUGAGGCCUUCGGUGGAGUACUGGGGUUUGCAACGACUUGUCUCCCUUCGAACAUUUUGUAUCUCUAGGAGGGAGGAUCUGUUGGAGACGGUGCUCAAGGAACAGCUGCUCCCUACCACUCUUCACACUCUCGUAAUCUCUGGAAUGGAAAGUCUGAAAUCUUUGGAGGGAAAGGGACUUCAAUACCUCACUUCUCUUCAAGAGCUCGAAAUUUGGUACUGUGAUAGUCUCGAAUUCCUGCCAAAAGAGGGUUUGCCAGCAUCGCUCUCUUUUCUGAGCAUCCUAAAGUGUUCUUCCCUGGAGAAGAGGUGUCAGAAGAAGACGGGACAAGAGUGGAGCAAGAUAGCUCACAUUCCUUGCAUCAAGAUAGAUGAUCAAGUCAUCAUUUGAGGCUCAAGUCAUAGUCAGGACAAUAUCAUCCAAGGGCAACGUGUGUUUGCUUACAUAAAUUACCAGUUGUUGAAUCGUGCCAUGGCUAUCUGUAAAGAAUAUGAUUCUCCUGCAUGGGCGAGGAGAUAGCAAACUGAUGAACUGUAAAGAUUGGAUUAUCAAAGGCCAACGUUUUUAACGUCGAUCAAUUAGUUGUCCAUGAAUGGUUCUCCUGCACUGUGGCAUGAAUAUGGUUCUCCUUCAAUUGUUAUGGCAGCAGAGAUGGUGCUGCUGCUAUGAGCAAUAAGGAUGUCAAUGGCAAGGCAGUGAGAAAGCAUCGUAAAGUCAAGGAGUGGGCCAGGAAUAUUGAGACUUAAGUGGUUGAAUUUGGCAGAGACGGGGGUGCUGUUGAUUAUAGUUAUUUCUUUGUCAAUGCAUAUUGAUAUUGUUGUUGGUUGGUUUUAGUUCUGUUUAAGAGGGCUUAUGGUCUCGAGUGUUGGCGGUGGCAAUCUGUGUUGAUUCACCUAGCAAACAAGGGAAGGAGACCACCCUUGGUCAGAGCGAAUCUGUGAAUUACUUCGAUCCAGGAAAGCAGGACGAGUUGAUGGAAAUUUGUAAUGCAGCAGACAUGGUGGUGCUGUUGUGAAUGAGAAUGAUGCCAAGGGCAAGGCUGCAAGAGGGUGUCGCAGGGUCAAGGAACACCGCGUUGAGACCAGAGAGGUUGAUCCUGAGCUUCCCACCAUUAGCUGCCGAGGAUGUGGGAAAUAUUUUGAAAUUCUGUGAAACCCUUAGAGAGUCCCAAGCUGAAUCUGUUCUUCGAGAACUAUCGUGUGGAGGAAGUGGACGAAGUGAACAGUACUCUAUUGUUUGAUUUCAUAGCUAUAAAGUACUUUAGUCUCUAGAGCAAGCAAGCACCAACUGCUCAUGGUUCCAAGAUUUGGAGAACCUGAUCUCUGCGUCCAGGGUUGCUAAGGUUGAAGGAGCUGCCUGCAGAGUGUUUUAGUGGAGGCGGGGAUGGAUAUGAUGCCUUAAGCUUUUAAAUUUCCUCUGUGAUGAGGCUCUUAACACAAAGACACCGAGGGGAUGGAUUGGUGAGCAAAAUGAAAGAUUGGUCAACGUAAAAGCGACGCGAUAGCAAAAAUUUCAUAUCUAAUAUGAAGUAUUGCCCAAACAUAUGCACACCCGCACCACCCUUCUAUAAUUGAGCACCUGGGAUCUUCCAAAUCUUGUGUCAUUUGGUGAAAGGGGUUUGCCUCCCAACCUACAAACAUUUCAUAACAGAGAUUGCGAGAAACUGAGGCCUUCAGUGGAGAACUGGGGUUUGCAACGACUUCUCCCUUCGAAGAUUUCAGAUCAGCAGCGAGGAUGUGUUGGAGACGUUGCUCAAGGAACAGCUGCUUCUUACCCCUCUUCACACUCUUGCAAUCUCUUAUCUAUCAAGUCUGAAAUCUUUGGACAGAAAUGGACUUCCAACACCUCACUUCUCUUCAAAAGCUAUAUAUUGGAAGGUGUGACAGUCUCGACUUCCUGCCAAAACAGGGUUUUCCGGCAUCUGUUUCUUUCCUGAACAUGACCACAUGCCCCUCUCUGAAGAUGAGGAGAAUGUGAUGGGAGUGACUUAUUUAUGUGCGUUCUGUGGAAAUGGAAAGACAUGAUUAUCUGAGGAAACCAAAAUUACGACAAGUUGUAGUCCUUGAAUGCCACUCAGUGGCUCUGCCUCUGCCCAUCCGGCAUGAACAUGAUUCUCCUGCAUCGGAAAAGGUGGACACAGCACGGAUGUGUUGAAGAGUGUGUGGGUUCGUUGCGUGUUGCCUCAUGGCUGUGCUUGCUAGUAAUGUAUAGAGCUGGCUUGAAUACCUGUACAUUACGUUUACUAGACUAGGUGGCUUGCUGUUGUAGCAACAGAUUUCAUUCCAUAGCCAAGAUUCAGAUUCUGUGAAAGUGUCUCUUCAAUUGGUUACUGUCAUCUAUACUGUGAGUUUCUAAUUGUUUAAUUCAACUAUACUACCCUUUAAAAAAUAUGCUUCUUUAUAUUUCAGGACAAUCAUCCAAAAGCAACACGUGUUUGCUUAAAUGAAUUACUAGUCGUCGAAUCGUGCUAUGGUUAUCUGUCAUCAUGAAUGUGAUAUUCCUGCAUGGGCGAUGAGGGCAAAAUUAUGUCACUAUCGUGUUCGUCGGCUUUGCUGAUGCAGAUAGCAAACUGUGGAACUGUAAAGAUAGGAUUAUCUAAGGCCAAUGAUUUUAACGUCCAUCAAUUAGCUGUCCACGAAUGGUUGUCCUGCAGUGUGGCAUGAAUAUGAUUCUCCUUCAAUUGGAUAGAUAUGUUUUUGCGCAUACACAGCUCUGUUGAAGUGAGAACGGGUGACGAUGCCCACAAAACAAUAUGAGAGCCAGGUUUCUGUGGAGCACCACCCUCAUGCUUGCCCUCCUUGGAAUUCUGUCCAUUAUGUUACUAGAGCAGUAUUCAUACAUGUUGAGCUGGGGUAUGAAAAAGAAAAGCACUUGUGUUGGCAUCCUAUAGAAACAGAUAUGAGAAGAAACAGGAUUUUCACAACUUGAUGUGGAAAUGAAGUGGGAGAAUGCAUCGAUCUGAAGCCUAUGAAACGAUCCAAAGGAACUGAUGGAUUACAGCAUUUUGCUCUACCAUUGAGGAUGUUAUGAGCUAUCCCUGGAGUUGUAUCAGGACAAAAAGGUAUGUUUUCUAUAUGUGAGGUGACAUGCGACUACAAUUGGAAUCUAAUAAAAUAUGAGCAAUCCCUUCGAGUUGUUCAAGCCGAAGAAACAAGGGGAGAUGGAUGUCGAACGCAAGGAUGGUUUGCCGCAAAAAACGUAUGGAUUCAUGCAAGGUUUUAGUGACGUUCAAGUGGGUUCACCAAGAAAGCGAGGGAAGGAGAAGUCUCUUGGUGGGAGCAAAGAUAUGAACUUGGAUGCGUCUGAUGAGCAGGAAACUAUGAAAACAAAGCAGGAAGAGUUGAUGGAAAUUUGUAAUGGCGGCAGAGAUGGUGCUGCUGCUGUGAGCAAUAAGGAUGUCAAUGCCAAGGCUGUCAGAAAGCAUCGUAAAAGUCAAGGAAUGGCCCGGGAAUAUUGAGACUCAAGAGGUUGAUUUUGGCAGCAGAGAUGGUGGUGCUGUUGAUUCUAGUUUUUUUUCUUUGUGAAUGCAUAUUGAUGUUGUUGUUGGUUGGUUUUAGUUCUGUUUAAGAAGGCUUAUGGUCUCGAGUUUUGGCAGGCAAUGUGUGUUGCUUCACCUAGCAAACGAGGGAAGGAGAACGCCCUUGAUCAGAGCGAAGAUGUGAAGUACUCGGGACACAGCAAAGCAGCACAAGUUGAUGGAAACUUGUAAUGCAGCAGAGAUGGUGUCGCAGGAUCAAGGAAUGAUGCCAAGUGAAGGAGCAAGGGCAAGACUGCAAGAGGGUGUCGCAAGGUCAAGGAAUGCCGCAUGGAGAGCAGAGGUUGAUCUUGAGCUUCCCCUACCUCAGGGCACCAUUAGCUGCUGAGGAUGUAGGAAAUGCUCUCCAAUUUUUAUUCAGUGAAACAUUUAGAGAGUUUACUAAAAUUGGUAAGUCCCAAGCUGAAUCUGUUAUUCGAGGACUAUCGCGUGGAGGAAGUGGACGGCCUGGACAGUUUGUGAUGGGAGUGACUUACUUGUGUGCACUCUGUGGCUCUGCCUAUCCGGCAUGAAUAUGAUUCUCCUGCAUCAAAAAAGGUAGACACAGCGCGGAUACGUUGAAGAGUGUGGGUUCGUUGCGUGCUGCCUCAUGCCUGUGCUUGCUUGAAUACUCGUACAUUACGUUUACUAAACUAGGCUGCGUAGCUUGCUGUUGGGGCUACAGAUUUCCCCCGGGAAGGAUACAUCAUCCUGGUCAUGGAUACUGCACAAGGUAAAAACAUGAAGCGAGAAAUUGGGUCGCUUUGUCGCAAUCCCCUACUCAGAUGUAUGUUGCUGCCCAUGAAUCAGCACCGGAUAUGACUAAUAAUACGAAGCCCGUUAUUUGGUGCACUAGGAGGACACUGGGCUUUGCACUCAUCACUUGCUUGGAGUUUCUUCAUAGAAUAAUUGUUUCAGUUGACCUGUGUUAGGAUAUGACAUUAUUAUUGAGCUUUGAUUAAAUACGAAGGGGAGUGCUUGCAACUUCUCACUUACCUUCUCAUUUUAAUCUUUUCACUUUUACUCAUGUUACACGUAUUCCACUAGCAUGUAAAACUAAAAAUUUAUGAAAAAUGCUAGGGAGACUGGUUUUGAAUCA